GAAUACCAUUUUGAUUCCUGUCCAUUCUAAAUUAGGACAAAGGCGACUUUUGUAAAAAAAAUACAUCCAUGUCAGCCCUGUCUGUCCCAAAAGUGAGCAUCGCAGCCCUUCCAUCAUAUCCCUUGGCCAAACUUGAUAGAAAAAUCCCACUACUCCUGAUUUCUCCUCUACUGAAAGUUCCAUACGUCACCAGCUUCCCAACCCAUGACUUCUUCUUUGUUGAUGGGCUCUCAUGAGACGAGACGAUGACGAAGAGUUCAUCUUCUGGCAGAGGUACCCUUUCACGGCAUACAAGCCCUGUUCCACCACUUCCGGUGGCGGCGACAUGAACGAAUUACCAUUAACACAGAGCUUCUGGAGCUUGUUGAGGCAGGCAAUGGAAGAAGACAAAGAGGUAAUCCUGUUGUAGCUGAUGUCAAGUUCGAUGAGAGAGAAGAGGAGGCCAAUGGAUCAAUGGAAAGAGCGGAGGAAGUGGAAGUUCUGGCUGAUGUUGAGGGUUUCGAGGCUGAUGAGGUUUUCGAGGUUGUCAGGGAGGGAGCGGAGGGGUGUCGAGGACCUUGAGAGAGGUGAGGUGUGAGGUGGAGCAUGGAAGGAAGAGGAGCUUGUUGGAGUUCACUGAUAGCUUCUUCCAAACAAGUGCUUUCUGGAAGCUGCAUCAGUUUGUUGAAGUUGGCGUUCAUCAGUUCCUCCAAUGAUCUGUAAUUGUCAAUGGUUUUGCGAAGGUAUUCAAUGAGGUUUCCAGCGACAUUCAAGACCUUAAGCUUAUAGAAGCAGCCAAUGCAGUUCGGUAGGCUUUUAAGCUGGUUCGAGUGUACGUCCAACACCACCAACUUCACCACAUUAGUGCCGAUAAUUGUCACUGGAUUUUUCCGUCAAGUUUGGUCAGGGAAUACAAUGAAGGGGCUGCGAUGGCUCACUUUUGGGAGGAACAGGGCCAGUGGUCCUGUCGGUGAGAAUCCUAGGGAGGGUAUGUGCUUUGGCACUCUUCUUGAAGCGCGCAAUUAUUAUCAUCGUUAUGCUGCAAAGAUGGGUUUUGUACCAAAAAUAAGGAACACAAAUUAUGAGAAGCACAGCAAGGAUAAGAUACCUAUAAAUCAAUCCAUGCAUUGCAAUAAAGAUGGCCAUCGUAUAUCUCAGAAAAGGGCACCCAAGAGAGCAAAAACAAUCACAUCUGUAGGCUGCAAAGCACGUUGUUAUGUAAGGUUGGACAAGUCCACAGGUCUAUGGAAAGUUUCAAAGUUAGAAUUGUCUCAUACACACCCGCUUAAUCCGAAGCCUUCAGCCAUCCUGGAGAAUAGAGAGCUCUGCCAGCACACGAAAGAUCUGAUACAGCGUAAUGAUGAAGUCGAUAGACAACCCAACAAGACCUUUCAGGCAUCGACCAGUAAGUGUGUGGAUAUGGAUAGAAAAAUUUCUAGUCUCAAUGCCAUUCAUCAGAGUCUUCUUACCAGCGGGACUACUGAAUCAGCCGGAGAACAUGGAUCUUCAUCAGCUACUCCUUCAGAUGUCAUAAUUAAAGAUGAGACCCCAUUCCCGGUUAAUAAUCAAACUCCUUCCGAUGUCAUAAUUAAAGACAAGUCCCCAAUCCCGGUUAAUAUUCAAAAUAUUCCUGAAGAGCCAUCGCCAUCACCACUUCAUUCUCUUCCAGAAAAGAAUAGAAAGAAAGGCAAAGAUACUGAGGCAGGUUGUGCUAGUGAAGUGGUGUCCGACCAUGAUUUUGGUUUCGUGUUAAAGAAUACUUUUGAUGCAGGUGGUUUUAUCGACCAGUACCUUCUGGAUUCAUCAACUGUGGAGGUGUUGGAAAAUAUUCCUGCUAAUGAGAACAUUAGUAGGAUGCAGCGAAUGCUCCUAAAAUCGGCAAUCUUAUGUCGCGACAUGGAGAGGAGCUUUUCCGAUUUGGAGAAGUUGAAGGAGAAGCUUGCAGCUAAAGAAAAAGAGAUAGCUUUCCUCACUGCCCAAAAUAUUGAGCUAUCCAGUAAAACUAUUGAAUUGUCUUCUCAAGUGUCAAGGUUAGUAGAGGAGAAAAAGACACUAUCUUGUGACCUGAAAGCUUCUGAAAAGAAGGCCUCAGAGUUCAAGAGGAGCUUGGAGAUUUCUAGGGACGAAAUGGGUAUUUUGAAGGAUAACUAUAAAAAACUUGGUAUAGUAGUAUUGGAGGGAGUGACUGAUGUUGAGAAGAAUAUCAAGCAGCAAAUUCAGUUGUUGGCUCCUAACUUGGAUAUUUCUAAAGUUGGGGCUUAUCGUCAUAUUGUAAAUGGUCAAAUUGUUGACCUUCUUAACUAGUGAAUUAGUGAUUGUAAUAGUUCAGCUUUUCUCCUUGCUUUUGUUUUGAAUGGUUGGUAGUCUGCUGUUGCCUAGCUGCGAUUUUUAUGCUUUGAACUUUUAGUUACGAUUGAAUUUCGAGAAUGGAUAUUUUCGCUCCCAUUUUAAUA